ACUGAAGAUGUUGCCCGGCCUAAGUCUCAUAGUGUGAGUGGUGGAAGUAUACCCGGCACUAUGGCCAGCUCUAUUAAUGUACCCAGCAGUAGUGUGGCUUCAAGUAUAUCAAGUUCUAUUACUGGAACUACAGGCAUGCCCAUCGUGCGUAGAGAUUAUACAGACCCUCUCCACCUAACCAUAGUCCCAACAGUGACUCCCCUUACUGGAUGUGGUGCCUCCCCCACGAGGGGUGUUGGACGUCAGUGCUUCUCCCCUUCCCUUCAGCAACAUGUCCGCAACACCUCCUUUUGCCCCUCUCCAUCUCCUACUAAAAAGACUUUUGCUACAAGACGUAGCCUAAGUCCCAUUGCAUUACGGCCAUCACCACUUGGAGCAGGUCUCAAGCGCAAGUGGGAAAUGGAUGAACGUUGCGAACCCUUCCUAACGCCUAGCAAGCGUGCCUCCACAUGCACCCCUGAUCGUUGCAUAGGGGGAUUACUUAUUACUCAGCCUCACAGUGUUGGCAGUCUAGAGAGUACACCAAGCCCUGCAGGUCCAGGGUCACUUGGGAGUGUUGGUACUCCAGAAUCUGUAUGUUCCUCUGGAUCUCCUGGUCUCUCCACAGCACCAUAUUCACCAGCAUCUUUGGCUGAAACUCCUGCCCCAACGCCUGAUCCUCCCCCUCACUUAUUCAAGCCAGUUUCUCCAGCAUUAACAACAGAUCAAACAGCCUCAUUUUCCAACCAGGAUCAUUCUGAUCGCUUUGGAGCACAGGAUCAUGGGAAUCGCUUUGGAAGUCGAGAUCAUAGACGAUUUGGUAGUCAAGAACAUAGUGAUCGCUUUGGAGGAAGAGAGGCGGAUCGUUUCAGCAGCCAAGAGCAUAGACACUUUGGUGGCCAAGAACAUACGAGUCGUAUUGGUAGUCGAGAGCAGGACCAGUUUGGCAAUCAGGAGCAUGGAGACCAGUUUGAUGGACAAGUAAAGGGAGCUGACACUAGUGAUGGAAGUAGCAGUGAUGCUAUGAUUACUGAGGAUGUACCUACUACUGACCUCAAAAGUUACCAGGAUAUGGACCUGAGUGAAUCAUUAACACAACCUCCUCUCAACAUCUGACAUCACCUUUGACUGUCACUCG